AUGAAAACAGAUCAAAGUGUAUUGUCUGAUCAAAGUGAAUAUUUAAAUGAAAUCUAUCAAUCAAAAGAUCUACACAAAUUAUUAACUUUUCAAUCUUCAAAAAUUUAUCCGAAGAAAACAAAAUUUACAAUUGAACAACAAAUAGACGCUUUUAACACUUUAUAUGAUCCAAGUUUACUUGAAGAAAUCUGUCAUAAUCUUCCUAAAUCACAUGAUAUCCGUAACGUUUUUAAAAAUGAAAAAUUAAUUGAAUUUAUUCGAUGGACAGUAAAUCAUUUAAAUAGUUUUGAAAAUCAAACAAUACAAAAUACUCUAGGGAUAGUAGAAAAUAUUUUACAAAAAAUGACAAAUAACGAUCUUCAGUUUUUAAGAAUAGUUUUUCAAUAUAAAGAAGAUAAAUUACAAAUCGAGAAACAAGAACAAGAAAUAGAAUUAAUUAAAAACAAGAAAGAAAAUUCCUUACAAUAG